GAAAGAAUGAUUGAUUCCCGAGCGAAGGUGGAUCUCACUCCCACCCGUUAUAAAAUGACAUAACUUCAUUUCCUCAUAGUCAUUGACUUCUCCAACAUGUCAAGCGACGCCGUUUGGGUCCUCUUCCACCUCGCCUUCUUCUCCCAAUGCCUUCCCUCCGCCUGGGCCCACUCGGCGAUCCUCCUCCCGGGUCAACUCGCCCGUGACUCAUCGCAGAGCUGCCCCGCCCCUGACCCCAACCUCUACUACAAGCCAGUCAUCGGAAUCGUCAGCCAUCCCGGCGACGGCGCCUCCGGCCGCCUCAGCAACGCCACCGGCGCCUCCUACAUCGCCGCCUCCUAUGUCAAAUUCGUUGAGGCCGCCGGCGCCCGUGUCGUUCCCCUCAUCUAUACCGAGCCUCCGGAGAAGCUUCUCAAGAAGCUCGAAUUGGUAAAUGGGGUUCUCUUCACUGGUGGAUGGGCUAAAAGUGGUUUAUAUUUUGAAACUGUCACAAAAAUAUUUAAGAAAAUUUUAGAGAAGAAUGAUGCUGGAGAUCAUUUCCCAUUAUUUGCCACCUGCUUAGGCUUUGAACUCAUAACGAUGAUCAUAAGCCAGGACAAUAAUAUUCUUGAAGAGUUUAGUGCAUCAAAUCAGGCAAGUACUCUUCAAUUUGUGGAGAAUGCAAAUAUCGGAGAAAGUGUCUUUCAAAGAUUUCCUCCAGAGUUGUUAGGGAAGAUGAGUACAGAUUGUCUUGUCAUGCAAAACCAUCGUUAUGGCAUAUCCCCUGGAAAGCUUCUGAAUAAUCCAAAGUUGUCUAGUUUUUUCGAGAUCUUGACAACUUGCACAGAUGAAGAUGAUAAGGUUUAUGUUUCCACUGUACGUUCUCGAAACUAUCCUGUGACUGGCUUCCAAUGGCAUCCAGAGAAAAAUGCCUUUGAAUGGGGUUCACCAAGAAUUCCACACACGGAGGAUGCCAUUCAGAUAACCCAGUAUGUUGCAAAUUUUUUGGUCAGUGAAGCUAGGAAAUCCUUAAACAGACCAGUUGCUCAAGAGUUGCUAGACAAUCUCAUUUACAAUUACAGUCCAACUUAUUGUGGGAAGGCUGGGAAAGGAUAUGAUGAAGUUUAUAUAUUUGCGCAAGCCUGAGAAUGCUGGAGAAAUCAGCCAAGAAUUGUAUUGUGCAUAGUAAUUACCAUGAAUGUUGUUGUAUGCACUAGUAAUAUCAUUGUUAUGAUGCACAAUAAUGAGAGCAAGAUGCUUAAUAUUGUACCAAAAGCUAUGCUCAUUUAUGCGUUGUAUCAUGUUAUUACCGAGUCUUUGGCCUUAGCUUCUGCUAGUAUUCCAAUAUUAUAAUACGUGCAUCUGCAGAAUGCUAACGCUGUGUUGUUUAGGUCAAUUUUCUGUUGAAGAUGACUUGUAACAUGUAACCUUUAGGAUUAUUGUCUAUCUGAGGCCAAAAAGAUAACAUCAGAAAAAGAAAAUCAAGCUUAUAAGGA